GUUUGGUUGCACCGCGGCUUUGGCGCAUUUUCGGCUGGUUUGAUUCAUCCAUUUUGAAGAGACGGGGGAGCGGGGGGCUCGUCAGAUCCAGGGACCCGAAACAAGCAGCCGCGGACUCUGAGAAGCCAGCAGCUCGGGGCUUGGCAGCAGCGGCCCCGCCGGCCGGAGCGGGGGGGUGGGGCGCCGAGUGCGCGGGGAGGGGGGUCCUGGUCCUCGUCUCCUCGACUUGGUCGCGCCUCGACAACGAACAUGUCUCGGCCUGUCAGAAAUAGGAAGGUCGUUGAUUACUCACAGUUUCAGGAAUCAGAUGAUGCAGACGAAGAUUAUGGAAGAGAUUCAGGCCCUCCUGCUAAGAAGAUUCGGUCAUCUCCCCGAGAGGCUAAAAAUAAGAGGCGAUCUGGCAAAAAUUCACAAGAAGACAGUGAAGACUCAGAAGAAAAAGAUGUGAAGACCAAGAAGGAUGAUUCUCACUCAGCAGAAGACAGUGAAGAUGAAAAAGAUGACCAUAAAAAUGUACGCCAGCAGCGGCAGGCAGCAUCGAAAGCAGCUUCUAAGCAGAGAGAGAUGCUCUUGGAAGAUGUGGGCAGCGAGGAGGAGCCGGAAGAAGAUGAUGAGGCGCCAUUCCAGGAGAAUUCUGGCAGCGACGAAGAUUUCCUAAUGGAGGACGACGAUGAUAGUGAUUAUGGCAGUUCAAAAAAGAAAAACAAAAAGAUGGUUAAGAAGUCCAAACCUGAGAGGAAAGAAAAGAAAAUGCCCAAACCCAGACUAAAGGCUACAGUGACACCAAGUCCAGUGAAAGGCAAGGGGAAAGUGGGUCGCCCCACGGCUUCAAAGACAUCAAAGGAAAAAACUCCUUCUCCCAAAGAAGAGGACGAGGAAGCAGAAAGCCCUCCAGAAAAGAAGACAUCUGCAAGCCCCCCACUCGAGAAGUCUGGAGAUGAAGGAUCUGAAGAUGAAGCGGCAUCUGGAGAAGAUUAAAAGUGAUAUUUGGGGAGAGGUUUUAUUAAAAAACAAAACAAAAAAGGAAACCUAUGUAGGACACGGUUUGGGCUGUGGCUUGACUCAUGGGCUUUCAGUGCUAUUUCAUUUGUCUAGAAUAAUGUUUUUCUCUCUACCAUCUAUCUUUCUCAAAACCAUUGUAUGCUGAUGUGUUUAAGUUGCCAUUUUGUCUCAGUCUUUUCUCUGCUAGUCUCCCCCCACCCCCACGAAAGCCAUGUCAAUCAAUCACUGGAUUGACCAUUUCAUGUGUUAAUAGCAGGGAGGAAUGCCACGGCCGCACAGCAGUAAGAUUUGAGGUGGGCGCUAUGGAAGCUGCUUUUUGCUAGCAACUUGAACAAUAAUCAAAAACAAAAAUCUAGAAAGGUUUUAAUUAAACAGUUGCUUUUUCUUCUCCUGUACUUUUGACAGACCAGUUGUCAUUUAACAUGAGCUUAUAUGUCUAAACUGUAAAUGUCAAAAAGAAUCAUGACUCUAAAUUUGUCCGGUGAGGCAGUUGGGAGGCGAACAUGAAUUCUGGGUUGCUAACUCAGUACGCAGUUACUCCCGGGUGUGGAGGGAGGCCGUCCUGGAACUCAGUACUCGCCGUUCUCAGAGACCGGUCCACCGGUUCUGUCUUGAUAAUGGGCUUCUGUCUUUUCUUACUGGGCCACCAGAAUGAGUCUUAAUUUCAUAUUUCAUUCAUGUUUUCAUUGAUUCAAGUUUUUAAAGUACAUCCUGUUUUCUGGUAAAGUUUUACCAAUGGUCAAAAAUUAAAAAGAUUUCUUUGAAUUUCAAUGACAAGAUGAGUCUACACCUCCCAGUGCAUUUAUUUCUUCAUAGACUUGACGAUAUCAAAGUUUUAAGCGAAUAAAGUUUGAGUUAGUGUGAAGCUUGGAUAUAAAGGAUUGAGGUUUAUCCUUUAUGAAUACAAAUAAUUGAAAUAAGGGCCCAUGAACCAUGCUGUUUUUAUUUGGAGAUAGAAACAGCUUUUUUCCUUUUGAUGUUUAAAUCUUUCCUUCAUAGUAACAGGAUAAUAAUCUCACAACUUCUGCUGCUGCUUCCAUUCUCUGGAGUCGUUUGCUUCUUAGUCCAUCUGACCCCUCCUUUCCAUUCAUGUUUCUUUUUAAAACAAGAGCCUGAGCCUCAGCGGGAUGAGUGAGCUGUUGUAGGGCACCUAUGUGCCAUUGAUAACACUCUAGAACCUUAGCAGAGCGGCAAGGACAGAUCAGAGCUUUGCUCCUCCACAUUCAGGCCCCGUUCGCCAAUAGACGCAGAGAUUAGGGCUCCUAAUGCUACUAAAUUAAAGAUUUGGUGGAGUAAUUUCUGUAUAUUUUUCUGCACUUGAGCUAAAUUUGCUUCCUCAGUAUUCUGCUUUUGUGUUUUUUAAGUGACCUGUUUGUCUCAGACAAUGUCAUUUUCUUAAUAGGUGUUCGUAGGACAAAGGGUUAUUUAAGAAAUAUUUUUACUCUGGUUUUUAAGACACUUUAAAGAACAUUCUUAGAUCUGCUUUAAAAUAAAUAAAUGAAUAAAUAAAUAAAACACCUAGUGGCAGUUAUUUUAACCCUAAUCCUGCUAAUAAAUGAGUAUUAACAUGGCCAAAAAUAGAAACUUGAACACAAGCAGUUGGAUUAUUGUAUUCUGUAAUGGGUUAUAUAUAUAGUUGUGAGCUGUGUAGUGGGUAUUACAGAUUCUUCUGUUUGCUGUGGUGGGCUUGCUCAGGAACCCGUCCUUAAAGAAGAGACUCACCAUCUCCACCAGGCAUCUCCCUUUUAGAGGUUUAUAAUUCAGUCUACAUUCCUAGUGACAUUUGGGCUUUUCUUAGGUUAUGUUUUAUGAAAAUUUGUGGGUAGGGUCUCUUUCAACUUAAGCCUCAAUUUUUUUAAGUGUCUUUAAUAAUCUGCAUUAACAUCUCUGAUUUUUAUCUACCUAUAAUUGAGAAAUAAUACUAUCUUCUAGGUUACUUGUGUAAAAGGUGUGUCGAUUGGACUUCUUGUUUAGAAUCCCUCUUAAAACCAAUUCAUUAGAUUGAAGAUAUAUUUUCUAAUUACAGGUCGGUUGGGUUAAUGGUGUCUCAAGUGAGCACACAGGCUCUAAGUGACCUUUGUUUUCACUUUUUUUUAGUGGUUUAUAACACUCUGGUCUUCCCUUCAAAUCAUGCAUGCAAAUAAGGAAGACUUAACGUGCUCAACUGGAAACAGGUGCUCAGCAGUUAGGUGUAGUAACGACACGAGGAUAUGUCCGUGUGUUCAUAAUGACUGGCCCUUGACACCUCCAUGGCUUACUCUCCGUCCUCUUUCUUUCGUCUUUUUUUCUCUACUGUGCCUAUAGUGAAGUGGCAAUGUAUUCACUGUCUUAGUUUGCAGUGCUCAGGAACGGGAUGUUUGUUUGAAGGUCUUGUCUGUUACGGAAGCUCAGCUAGGUUUACCUCUUUAAUAGAUGCAGUGGCUCAGCUAACACUACAUUCUCGUUCUCCAGACUCUGGUUAAAGCCUUUGUCUCCUCCUGCCAGAAAUGGUAGCCUCUGUGUUACCCAGUGGCAAUUUACUGCUGCUUUUAGCCAUCCACCACUGAUGGGAUUUGGGAGAGAGGGCCCAAAGGGUGUAUUUUAAAUAUCUGCUGAAUCACUUACCUGCUUUCAGUACCUCCCUCUCCAUAGUAACCUUAGAAAGGAAAACUAAUGGUAGGAUGAACUUUUUUUCUUUUCUAGAGUAGUGAGAAAAUCCCCCACAAACAUCUUACCAAAACCCCAGUAUUUUGUGUACCCCAGGCUGGCCUCAAACUUGCUACGUGGCUGAUCUUAAACUCAUUGUUUUGUUUUUUCAAAAUAACUGAUUUUUCUUCUGUCUUCAAUGCUUAUAUAUGGUACUAGUUCAGAUAGCAUUUUCUUCCAUAUAAAAAUCAGUGGAAUUUGAGGUUAUAAUCUAGAAGGACUUUGAUUAAUGGUCAAUUGAUCUUGAGUUCUGGUUUUAGUUUGUAGUCCGGCUGGGAGUCCUCCUCCCCCUCCCCCUCACACUGCUAGGAUUAAUGCCACCAUGACAGGUGACACUUCAAAAUGGGCUUUGUUUAUUUUUAUGUCCACAAACAUGUAGGUGGCAGGUUGGAAAGGGAAGUAGUGUAAACAAAACUCAGGUUUAGGGGCCCCUGCCAGAGCAGACGAGAAUAGAAGCAGCAGAAAGCUUGCUGCUGUGGAAUCAGUGCCUGUUUGGACAGUUCUCUACUGCUAGCACCAGAAGCCACACCAGAGCAUUGCCACCUGUGACUGGGUAGGAAGAGGCGCAGGCUAGGUACUUCAUGGUGUGGGGAUGGAGGUCAGAAACACAGUACACGCUUCUUGCCAAAGGGGAGGGAAAGUUAAAGCCACUGGUUGCUCUUGAGGGUAGAAUAUUGUUAUUUUCUCUCUGGAGGAAGCUGCUGAGUUACUUGAAGAUGGGGAUUGUGGGGUUUUUGUUUUUUUGAGCAUUGUGAUGCCAAGCUGUCAAUAGCCACGUUGCUAUUUGAACCUCCUUUCCCUUUUGUCUUAGAAAAUACAUGAUUCUGAAUAUCAAAUCCAUAGGUUAUACUUUUGUUCAAAGCCUAAUUCACAGUAGUGUGAUUGUACUAAACACUAGGAGGGUCCCAUAUGCCUGCCUGUUGCCAUGCCAAUGAAGAAUGAACUGGCGACAUCUGAGCAUGCUCUGUGACUGUAGGGCAUCACAGUUGUGCAGACACUUUGUAUAUUGGGUGAGGGGUUUUUCUAGAUUAUGGGGAGGAUGAAUUGAUUUGGGGGUCAUUUUUUUCCCCUAGUUUUGGGGGGCUUUUUUUUUUUUUUUUUUUUUUUUUUUUUCUUGGUUGUUUUUGGUUUUGCUUUUUAUGGAGGGUUGGGGAAGUAUAGUACUCAGUUAUGCCCUAAAAAUAACAUGUAUAAAACCCUGAAGUGUGAUGUGGGUAUGUGUGAGUGCGUGUUUGUAAAUGUCUGGCAAUUCAACCGUUGUCUUCUAGAAGUUAGUGAUUUUUUUCCCCCUUCUCUGGAAGUAUUUGUUACAAGAUUUGUAAACAAAAGCUCUACAUAGUCCGUGUACCAUGAACAUAUUGCAGCAAACCUUACAUGCUUCAUUCCUGCAAGGCUUAAGACGUCACCAGGUUGCUCAGCCGCCACGAUCAGUUUGCCUUGAUUCAUCUUUUAGAUUUAAUUCGCCAGUUCUAAAGACUCCUAGGGUUCCUCGGUUUUAGUCUUUAAUCUUUCAUGUUCUGAGCAGAAAGAGUAAGAAAGCUAGCCUGUCUGAGGCCAUGGGCUGAGAACCUGGCAUUGUUUUCGUCAUACUGCAGUGUGGCUUGAUACAUGAUUAAACAGCAGAGUGCUGGGCGUUCUUGCAAUACCUUAGCAGUGCUGAAAUCUGCAGCCUGGUACUAAGGAAGCUAAAGUUGGAAUGUAACCACUUUAAGGUUUUUUUUUUUUUCUUUAAUUUAAAUGAAACCGAGUUGGACAUGGUUUUGUUGACCAUGUUCAUGAUUUAUAGAUGCAACAUGCAUUGGUGGACUCAUGUGACGGUCUGACGUGAUGCUUCAUUUCGUACAUUUACCUAUCCCGGUCUGAACACAUUUGCAUAAACAACAAACUCCUGCCUUGCUCCGACUGAAGGAUUUCCAGGACUGCUGUCGGCUCCUGAACUCUGUUUUAAGUAUGCGUGUCCUUUGCUUGUAUUUUGUACUAAGAAAUAAGGAAAAGAACCCCUUUUUGUUGAGCAUGUUGGUAUUGUCCCCCCCUUUUUUUCCUCUUGGGGACAUAUGAAGCAAGUUACUCUUUUUCUGUAUCCUUUUCUUUUGUAAACCUUUUGGUUUGUUUUGUUUAAAAAUGGCUUUAUAAAAGGGCUUUUGUAACCCA